UCUGAGGCGGAGGCGGAGGAUGCCCCUGAAGUUAUUUAUAAUGUCGGGCCGGCCGCUGGUGACGUAGCCAGGGAGUUCGGGCAGCGGCGGCACGAGCGGCGCCUCUGAGCCCCGGCACCUCUUCCCCCCCGUCCCGGGCCUGCGCUGCCAUGUCCAGAGGCAGGCUGGAGCCGGACUGGCGCUGAGAAGCGGCGGAGGGAGCCCGGCCGGCCGCGCGCGAUGAAAUGUGCUUCAUUGUCCUUGUACACAUCUGGGGAGUGUGUUUGGAUCUGCUGCGUAUCAAGACUGUGAGCUAAGCUGUCUGCUCCACUGGCACUUGGAAGGAAUGCAGUGUUCAUAACUUUUUUCUAGUUCUCCAAAACAUCAGAAACCCCUUGCCUCUACUCUAGGGGGUAAGGAGCUUUUAUAUUAGAAGAGUGGAGCAUUCUGCACAUUGAGAAAGGCAGUUGCAUUAGUUUGUUCGUGGCGUGGAGAAACUUAGGUUUAGGAUUUUCUGAUUUUCCUCUUGGAGAUUAUUUUGCUAGGAUAGACAAUGCCAUGAAUGGCGGCGGCGCUUUUUGCUCACCAGCCAGACGCACCGUACACUGUGGAGUUCGGUAGAGGAGGCAAAGGUGGCCUGUGACCUUGCCAUGGCUGGGAGUGGUUAUACAGAUCUGCGAGAGAAGCUGAAAUCAAUGAUGCCUUACCGAGACAACUACAAGAGCAGCAGCCAGCGGGACCCCACAGAGUCCCCCUACGGAGCUGCAAAGCGCAAGUACCACAAGGACUCUGACUCGGAGCCCAGUGAUUGUGAAGAGCGCCAGCGGGAGGAGGAAGAGGCCCAGAAAGUGAAGAGCGGCAUCCGACAGCUCCGCCUUUUCAGCCCUGAAGAGUGCGCCAAAAUCGAAGCUCGUAUUGAUGAGGUGGUUUCCAGGGCCGAGAAGGGACUUUACAAAGAGCACACGGUGGACAGGGCCCCUCUCCGGAACAAAUAUUUCUUCGGGGAGGGCUACACAUACGGGUCACAGUUACAGCGGCGAGGUCCUGGUCAGGAGCGGCUGUACCCAAGGGGGGAGGUGGAUGUCAUUCCCGAGUGGGUUCACGACCUCGUCAUCCGGCGGCUGGUGGAACACCAGGUCAUCCCCGAGGGCUUUGUGAACAGCGCUGUGAUUAACGACUACCAACCGGGGGGCUGCAUAGUCUCCCAUGUGGACCCCAUUCACAUCUUUGAGAGGCCUAUAGUCUCCGUGUCAUUCUUCAGUGACUCGGCGCUCUGCUUUGGCUGCAAGUUCCAAUUCAAGCCCAUCCGGGUCUCUGAGCCAGUCUUCUUCCUGCCUGUGAGAAGAGGGAGCGUCACUGUGCUCAGUGGCUACGCAGCUGAUGAAAUUACACACUGCAUUAGACCACAAGACAUCAAGGAAAGAAGAGCGGUCAUCAUCCUUAGGAAAACCAGACUAGAUGCUCCCCGGCUAGAGACAAGAUCCCUGAGCAGCUCCGUGCUGAUGCCUGGCUAUGCCUCUGACCGUUUGUCAGGGAGCAACAGGGACUCCAUCCUGAAGCCAAAGAGGUCCCAUCGUAAAGCGGAUCCGGAUGCCGCUCACCGGCCUCGGAUUUUAGAAAUGGAUAAAGAGGAGAACAGGCGCUCAGUCCUCUUGCCCAAACACAGGAGGCGGAGCCACUUCAGUUCAGAGAACUAUUGGCGGAAGUCUUACGAAUACACAGAGGACUUAGAUGAAGAAGAGGAGGAUGGGAGCCCAGCCCGGAAAGUGAAAAUGAGGCGGCAUUGAGAGAGUGCGGUCUUCCUUCCCCCUCCCCUUCCUCCCUGGGUUCUCGGAGCUGAUGAAACUGGCAUUCAGGCUGUGAAAUCUUAUUUUUUUCUCCUUCCCCUCCCAACAGCUAUUUCUCAUCCAGCUUCUUUUCAUAUCCCUUUCCCCUUGCCCUGCCUUUUUUAGGCUGAGGAAAGGCUGGAAUAGAUCUGGCUUUCCUUUUCCGUUUUACCACCUGGGUCCGUUGGGUGCCAUCUGUCCUUUUUCCUGGGCAGAUGGGUGUGCCUCUAAAAAGCAGAAGCAACUUCCCUUUUACCCAGAAAAAAAAGCUGAGUUCUGCAAGGUGUUUGGGCUGGAGUGGAUUUAGAAGAUGCCAAAAAAAAAACCAAUGUUUGAGUUUGCUGAAAGAUUAAGAAUAUUCCUUGUGCUCCAGUGCUGCUGCUUAAGCAUUUGAUUACAGCAUUUGAUUCCUGUCCUUCUGACCCCACACUGCAUGCCGCAAAAUGCACUCUCUAGGGUCUUCCUUGCUCCACCCUGCACCAAAGGGCUCCUGGUCUUUUAAGCUGGCUCCUAUGUUAAUUUUACUUUUUCUGUUGCUCAAAGGCUCCCUCUACAGCAACUGGAAAUCUAAAGCUUCGCAAACCACCACCACCACCACCAUCCUGUUUUUCAAAUGGCACACCUGAGGACAAAAGCGUUUAGGACGUAUUGCACUUUAGUGUCAGGGUUUAUUACCCCUUUUCUCCCCCUCCCCUUUUUUGGUCUGUUAAAUGCCAUAGAAUCCUCUCCACCCCCUUUCCAUCUUACUAGCUCUGGCUAGGGAGCACCUGUUUUUCUGCGCUGCUAAUGAGAAAGGAUACAGUCUGUGAAGGAUUUUCUUGGCUGUUCCAUGUUGGGGCUGCCAUCUGAGGGCUCCUUGAGGGGCGGGAGCAAGGACCAGAGAGCAGGGGUGGCAGCUGGGCUAGAAGCCUCAGCCCUCGCUGAGCCCUUCACACUAACAGCAUACAGCACAACCCGCUGUGGGCAUCUCCCACACCAGCCUUCCUUUAGCGAAGAGGAAAAAUGCAGGAGAGACUGCUUUUGUAGCUACGAGGCUGGCUUGAGAAAUCUCCCUCAUGGCUUGUUCCUGUACUUUUUUUUUUGUGGUCUUUUUAAAGAAAUACGUCUGUUUUCGUUUGGGACUUUUGCCCCAUAAGACUGUCACAGAUUCUGUUAGACCUUCUGACACACAGGCUUUAAUGUAGGCACAGUCUGUCUUUUGAGGUAGACCAGCGAGGAGGAAUUACAGCUUUAGGAACUGGGGUUUGGCAAGAAUCCUGUCCGUAGGGGCUGGCUCCACUUCUCUAACACAGUCUGGUACUUCCCAAGUUAUGCUUCGAAUCUCUGCUUUGUUGGGAAUCACCUGCCUUCUGCCGAAUAGGAGGGUUUGUGCUGCAGAUGUGAGAGGGCAGGGAGAUGAGAGCUGCUCAUUGUAUUUAGUUUAGUGCCUCUGCGAGAUCUGGGCUCACCUGGCAAGCUUGCAGGUCUUGCCUUCCUUCUAUGUGAUGUCUUGUACCUAAAGGCAGCUUGCCUUCCAGCAUGUGGACCUGUCGUUAGUAACCAAUAUUAAAUGCUUUUCCUUGUCAUGUUUUGAGGCUGAGUGACCCUAGCAAAGCAACCUCUAUUCACCUACCAGUCUGGUCUCCUCCCAGCAACUAUACAUUUUGCCUCAUUUUGUCCCAGGCUGAGAUUGUUGUCAGAGUCUGCGAUGGGGGAUUGAUGUUUAGAACCUACAUUUUAAUUGCUUAAAAAUCCUAAUUCCCACUUUACCUCCCCUCCUCACCCUAGUUCUCCGUAUCACAGUGUUUUGGCUCUCAAACACUGGUAUAGUAGGUUGGAUUUUAAGUCUCUCUGGUUUUUCUUGGCCCUGGCGUUUUCUUCCCUCUACCCCUUUAGUUCUCCAUUCCUUUUUAUCAGUAUAUAUACUCAGUCUAUUCAAGACUUUAUUUCUGCUAAGGGGAGUAUGUGCAGCUUCCGGAUUGCCAGGUCAGGAAGACAAACACACCUGUUCCUUACAUCCUGAUGGGAACUAUUUUCCUGGGGAGUAGGGGUCAGGAGCAUCUCAAGUCUCCCUCCCCUUUUGCACCUUGCUGCUUUUUCAUUUUUAGAUUUUAACUCUGCUUCUCAUCAAGGCAAGCCCAGCUAAUGACAGGCAAGGCUGGAGUUCUUUAGCCAAGAGAUGUGAUUGGUCUUCUGCCCACAAAUUCACAACCUCAGGUGUGAAAGGGCACUUAGCAGUCCCUUCCUUUUGCAGUGAGGCAAGGGUGUGGACCUUCUGCUUUUAUUGCAUCUGCUCAUUGUUAAGUGCGGGCAAAAAUCAGCAAAAGGCUUUAAGCAUCUAUUAGCAGAGGGGCACAGAAGGAAAAGCCGUGCAGCUAUAGAUCUUUUACCUUGUCUGGCUCUUGCACUUUUUAUAAUUUUGGAACUGUCUUUUGGUAUAAAUCACCACCACCCCAGAAAGAAAGGUGACGUCUUCCUCUCAAGAGUUUCUGGUUCAGACAGCCAUUUCUGCUACAAUAAAAUUGACCCCAGGCGUAAGGUAGAAGCUGGUUCAGAGAACUCUCAACAAAUUCUAAGAUGGGAAAUGUUGAUAGCCAACUUGAUUUCUUCUUUUAAUGCUGUUAGUGUGAGGUUUGGUAGUGGCUGUUGCAGCUAAAGAAUCCAGCCCCUUCUCAGAUUCAAGCUGCCUUGAAAUUUCCAUUUGCGUUGCAUGGAUCCAUCUCUUGCAAUCAACUGACUUUUUCCUUUUAAGCGCCAAAUGCAGUUUAACACAUCAGGAGGCAGAAUUCCUGUUUGCACAGAAACAUACCUGUGUUUCUGCUCCUUGCUCCUUUUCCUCCCAAGCACACACUUAAAAAAAAAAUAAAGUUAUGGCUGAUGUUUGUGUUUUUUAAAAAGAAAUCUAAUUUUUUUGUUACAAAUAAAAUGUGGCAAUAUUUUUUUCUGUAACUUUUCAUAGGAAAAAGUGUGAUUUGUAAACAAAUUGUACAGUUCUGAAGUUUGAGAUACGCAAAUUAAAAAUAACCGUACUGCGUGGGGCACGCUGUAAAUGGGGGGGGAGGGAGGGGAGAGAUUAUUUUCCGUACAGUACAGUGUAUUGGGGGAGAAAUCUUUUAAUUCUGGUUGAUUUAGGAAGAACUAUAGUUCCCUGUCAGGGUUUGAAAUCUUUUUUUUCCUUGUAUAGAAUGCUGCAUUUAAGUAAAUAAAAUCAGAGAGCAUCACUUGAUCAAAGGGAGUGUUUCAUAUAUUUAAUUAUAGUACAUGGUAUUUAUGACACUUGAAAUGUACAUAAUAAACGUCCAUUACCUUA